AGCAUUAUUCAAUUACACCUCCUCUCUCUCUCUCUCUCUCUCUUCUUUCUCUCUUCACUCUACAGUGUAAAAUCUCAUAAGAAGAAGAGGAUUGAUUGUCUACAUUUCUGAAUAAAAGAGAACAGAUUCAUGAAGGGUCUAGCAGUGCUAAUUUUGCUGUUGGCGUUAAGUCGUAGUAUUGAACAUACUGAAGCUCAAUUUGACGGAGAAUGCAAAUUCCACAAGCCUCUGGAACCCAGACCUCACAGUGCAUCAGUGUUGGACUUUGGGGCUGUGGGUGAUGGGGAGACUCUAAAUACUCUGGCCUUCCAGAAUGCCAUUUUCUAUCUCAAAUCCUUUGCUGACAAAGGUGGAGCACAGCUCUAUGUUCCAGCUGGAAGGUGGCUGACCGGAAGCAUAAAGCUUACCAGUCACCUCACACUCUUCCUUGAAAAAGAAGCCAUUAUUCUGGGAUCAAAGGAUUAUGCUCAUUGGGAUAUAGUUGAAGCCUUACCCUCUUAUGGUGGAGGUAUUGAGGCACAAGGUGGAAGAUAUCGCAGCUUGAUUUUUGGAGAUAAUUUAACUGAUGUUGUGAUAACAGGUAAUAAUGGAACUGUUGAUGGUCAGGGUUCUAUAUGGUGGGAGCAGUUCACUGCCCAUUCUUUAAAUUAUACUCGACCGCACCUAGUAGAAUUUGUUAGCUCCAAAGAUGUUGUCGUCUCAAACUUGACCUUCCUGAAUGCUCCUGCCUGGAAUAUUCACCCGGUGUAUUGCAGUAAUGUUGUGGUUCAGAACAUAUCGGUUCACUCUCCAGCUAACUCCCCAUAUACCUAUGGUGUAGUACCAGAUUCUUCCGAGCAUGUGUGCAUUGAGAACAGCAACAUUAGCAUGGGCCAUGAUGCUGUUGUUCUCAAAAGCGGUUGGGACAAGUACGGGAUUUCCUAUGGCAAACCUACUUCGAAUGUCCAUGUUCGAGGGGUUAGGCUGCAGUCUUUUGCAGGUGCUGGAAUGGCUUUUGGCAGUGAGAUGUCUGGUGGUAUCUCCAAUGUGCUAGUAGAGCAUGUUUACUUGCAUGACUCCCUUUUGGGGAUUGAGCUGAAGACAGCAAGAGGAAGAGGUGGUUAUAUCAAAGAUAUUCUAGUUACAGAUGUGGUUAUGGCAAAUGUGCAAGUGGGAAUUGAGGCCAUCGGUCAUUGUGAUUCUCAUCCGGACAAGAAAUUUGAUCCGUCUGCACUUCCAGUUGUUAGUGGUAUCACCUUUGAGGACAUUGUUGGCACAAAUGUUUCUAUAGCAGGCAAUUUCACUGGAUUAUCUGAAUCUCCCUUUACUUCAAUAUGUCUAUCAAACAUCACCUUUUCCAUUUCUUCCAACCCUUUUACACCAUGGCUAUGCUCUGAUAUAUCCGGUUCUUCUCAAAAUGUGUCUCCUGAACCAUGUCCUGAGCUCGAGAGCUCAUUUUCUAGUACUACUUCAACUUGCUUUGCCCUCUUACACCACCCUUACAGUCAAGUUGCAGUUUUGUAAGUGAAACAAUUCAUUUCAUUGAAACUAUACAAUGAGACACAUUUCAACUUCCAAUGCUGGUGUAUAUUCUCCAAUAAGAUGCAAUGCAGAAUCUACGGUGUCGUGCUUAUGCAAGUAUCAAGAAUCCAAUGAUACAAACA